GCAUUGGCACCCGAUUCAUCAUGGCAGCGCCUCUCUUAUCACAUCAUUGCCACAGGUAGGAAAGCUUGUCUUCUCCUUGCACCAGUGUAUCUCUUUUCCUCUUCCUGCAUACUUCGUCGCUUGUCAUGCGGCUCUUGGAGCAUGACAACCACCACAAGAAGAACAGCCGCGCCGACCAUAAGAGUAGCAGUAGCAACAUCGUGUCGUCCUCUUCUUCCUCAAAGUCCUCCCCUUCCUCGAAUCCCUCCGUCCUCAUCCCACCUACAAUAAGGAGGAGGACCGUGGAGGAGGUGUGGAACGACAUAAGUCUCACCACCCUCCACCACGAGAGGCUCCUAAUACCUUUAGAUCAUCAAAGCUACCACCACCAUCACCCAGCCUCGUCACCUUCCUUCAAGGGCAUGAUUUUACAGGACUUCCUCGCUGGACCACUGAACAGGCCCCGCACCAUCUCGCCCCACGCCGUUGAGGAGCUACCGCUGCUGCCUCCUCCACUCUCUCCCACCCUCCCUCAGACCGCCCUCAGCUUGAACUCCGGGAUGGAGUUCGAGUAUCUGAGGCCUCAUGCCGAUUCCCACUCCAAUAGUAGUUCGAAUGGCCAGAACGCCUGCUUCAUCCCCUUUGCAAUCUCCGGUGCGAUAGACGGUCCACCAUCUCCCACCGCGCUCUUCUCGUUCUGCUCCAAGAACAGGUUGCCGGAGAACUCCGUCGUCGGUACAGAUCGUUACCGUAGGAGAAUGAUCAAGAACCGGGAAUCUGCCGCCAGAUCACGCGCAAGGAAACAGGCUUACACCAAUGAGCUAGAGUUGGAGGUCUCCCGUCUGAAGGAGGAGAACGCCAAACUGAAGAAGCAAUACGAAGAGCUUCGUUCCGCAAUGGUUGCCCAACAACACAAAAGCAACACACUCCAAAGGAGCUCCACCGCGCCAUUUUGAGGAAGAAUGUCGGAAAGAAAGGAGGAGCGCACAUUUAGCAGCAGCAGAGAGUCCUCUCGCCACGCUUUCAUCAAAAUCUUUCCUUCACUGCUAAGUCAUGCCCUCCCCUUUCCAUUUCCCUGAAACAAAACAGUCAGUCGUAUUAUGCUAGUGCCUGUGCAGAAAUAGUAUGUAACCCAAAUUGUCAUCCUGAACUCGAGCAUUCGAUGAGGAGCCUGUCUGCCUGCCCCUCCUCUCUCUCGCUCACGGUUUAUGUAGGACGAGUUGUGGUACGCAUCGAACCCAAUGAUGUGGUUGAUGGUGAUUGACAUAGAUGGGAACAGGGAUUAAAUUGGUGCUGACUCGUUUGGAGUGGU